CUUUUCCUUAAUUACAUUUAGGACCAGCAACCAUGGCAGGACACGACUCUGGAACUCAGCACACCUUCACUGGUAUUCAGAGAUACUUCAAUUCCUACACCAUAACAGGCAGAAGGAAUUGUGUAUUAGCUACAUAUGCAAGCAUUACCAUGAUCAUCUUAUAUUUCAAGCUAAGGCCUAAAAAACAAACUCCAGCGCUGACGGAAAAAUAA